GUUCGGUGGUUGCUGGGGUCGGGGAAUUCACCCGCGCUCCGUGCACGCCCGCAGCCACUCUGACCUGCGUUCUGAUCUGCUCCUUCCCGCGACGAGCCGGGAAGGAGAAAGAUGUAUUAAAAAAAUAAUAAWAAAAAAGGAUAAAAUAGUCGCCGGCGGGGCYGUUCGUGGCCGCAGGGCAGUGAACCACUCCGCGGCGCCGGGAAGACUGAGUCACAGAACCCUGGCGAGGGGAAAGCCCGCAAAGAACCAUCCCCCAGCAUCGCCGCCACCAACCGAUGUCCCUUGGUGCCACACCCACAAGACUUUAAACUCCUCCAGGGAUGAGGAUCCACCACUGCUGCCUUUGGACAGCCCCUUGGGGGAAAAUAAUUUCCAACAUACAACCUAAAGCUCCCCCGGCACAACUUCAGUGACCAAUCAGCAGGGACAGUGUGUGUGACAGCACUGACAUGAGCUGGACAAUACCUCAGCUUCCUGCUGGGAGAGGUGGCACAAGACACCUGAGCAGAGCCCACGCUUGGAGGCUAUUAUAUCCCAGUGAAAUCUUACUGAAAAGCUGCUGGAGGAUGGAUCACAGGCUGGUUUUUCUCCAAGUGACCAUCAAUCAACACAGAGCACGUCUGGAUCCAGCACAACCCGGGCUGUAGRGAAGCAAAAGCUGAGGGCAACCACAGAAUGCUGGGCCUGGGUCAACCCUGCCCCUGUGAUGUCAUUAUGGGGCACAAUCCACAACCAGCUAGGGAGCUCAGUGCUGGAUGUUUGGGGACAACACCAGAGUGCUACACACACCUCAGCAAGGUCCACUGCCUCUGGCUCCAACCAAAUAUUCAUCCUCCAGCAUGGAGAGGAAGAUGAGCGAUAGGAGUUGCAGCAUCUCCAAUGAGCUCCGCCUGGAAGGGAGAUUCUGUGAUGUGAUCAUCAGUGCGGAAGGGGUGGAAUUCAAGGCUCACAAGCUCAUCCUCUCAUGCUGCAGUAUCUACUUCAGGACUCUGUUUACCAACUGGGACACCGCAGACAAGAUGGUCUAUCACAUCCCUGGCAUUUCAGCUGAAAUGAUGGGGCUCAUCAUCAAUUACGCCUACACCGGGACAGUACCGAUCACGGAGGACAAUGUUGAGAGUUUGCUAGCUGCAGCAGAUCAGUUCAAUGUCAUGGGCAUCGUCAGCCUGUGCUGUGAGUUCCUCAGUUCCAGGCUGUGCUUUGAGAAUUGCAUUGGCAUUUGCAGACUCACUGACUAUUACCACUGCCCCGACCUGCGCGCAGCUGCCUGCGUGUACAUCCUGCAUCACUUCGAGGAGGUGUCCCAGGUGUCCGAGGAGUUCCUAGAUCUCACUGCCGAGGAGCUGGCACACAUCAUUGAGAAGGAUGAGCUUAACGUGCGGCGAGAAGAAGCCGUGUUCGAGGCUGUGCUGAGGUGGAUAUCUCAUGACCCGCAGAACAGGAGGCAGCACAUCGCCUGCUUGCUGAGCAAGGUUCGACUGGCACUCCUACAAUCCGACUACUUCAUGAACAACGUCAAAGCUCACGAGUACGUCAAGGACAAUGCCAACUGCAAAGAUCUCAUCAUCAGUGCCCUGUCUGAAAUCUACGACCUGAACUCCUACGGCCAGAGCUCCUCGGUCAACGCCAACCCACUCACCCGGCCGCGCCUGCCCUACGCCAUCCUCUUCGCCAUCGGGGGCUGGAGCGGGGGCGGCGCCACCAGCGCCAUCGAGACCUACGACGGCCGCACUGACAAGUGGCUGAACAUUCCCUGGGAGCAAGAGAGCCCCGUUGCCUAUCACGGCUCGGCUUAUUUGAAAGGCCACGUCUACGUUAUCGGCGGAUUUGAUGGCACGGAUUAUUUCAACAUCGUCAAACGGUUUGAUCCACUCCAGAAGACAUGGCAGCAGGUAGCACCCAUGCACUCACGGCGCUGCUACGUUAGCGUCACCGUUGUGGACAGCUUCAUCUAUGCCAUGGGAGGGUUCGAUGGCUACAUGCGGCUCAACACAGCAGAGCGCUAUGACCCAGACACCAACCAGUGGACCCUGAUCACCCCCAUGCACGAGCAGAGGAGCGACGCCAGUGCAACCACACUGAAUGGAAAGGUGUACAUCUGUGGUGGGUUUGAUGGCGAUCAGUGCCUCAGCUCAGCUGAAGUGUUCAACCCCACCACAAACCAGUGGUCCCUGAUCGCCCCAAUGAGCAGCAGGAGAAGCGGAGUUGGGGUGAUGGCAUACGGGAACCAGGUGUAUGCGGUUGGAGGGUUUGAUGGGAACAGCCGGCUCCAGAGCGUGGAAGCGUACAACCCCAUCGCCAACGCCUGGCACGCCGUGCCCUCCAUGCUAAAUCCACGCAGCAACUUUGGCAUUGAGGUGAUGGAUGGCCUGUUGUUCGUGGUUGGGGGCUUUAAUGGGUUCAGCACCACYGUUGCCACCGAGUGCUACGAGGAAGAUACCAAUGAGUGGUACGACGCCCACAGCAUGGGCAUCACCCGCAGCGCCGUCAGCUGCUGCGUGGUGCCAGGGCUCUCCAACGUCAUGGAAUACAUCGCUAGGCAACACUACUACCAGCACAGCUCCUCCAUGGACAUCUUGUUCAGCAGUUCAACUCGCAGCUCGCCGUUGUAAAUAGUUCCCCUUAGCUAGGAGUGUUGUGAUCAGCCAUCACUGGAUGCUUGUGUAAAUAGUUCUGCGUAUUUAAUAAAGUCUUCUGAG